AUGUAUUUCAGUGUGGACAGGAAGAAAGGCUUGAAGAUAGGAGAGACAUACACAAACGACUAUCAGGCAAAAGAGUUCAUACACUACAUAGCAGAGGAUGAGAGAAGAAAGAUGAGGGCAAGAUUAUCAGAUGGCAAGUUCAUCUCGGUCAUGUCAGAUGGAUCCCUCGACAGUGCAGUGAUGGAAGAAGAAAUGGUCUACGUCAGGAGUGCCAGUGAGGGGAAGGUCAAAGUUGAUUUUGUCGGGGUAAAGGCUGUCUCAAAGCCAGAUGCUACAAAUAUAGCUGAAGCAGUGUGCAGUAUAAUGGAAAGUGGAGUCAGCACUGAUUGGAAGAACAAGCUAGUGGCAAUCACCACAGAUGGAGCAUCUGUAAUGACAGGAGUAAACAAUGGUGUCGUUGCAAAACUGCGUGCAGACAGACCAAAUGUGCUGGGGAUCCACUGCAUGGCCCAUAAGCUAGAGCUUGCCUUCUCAGAUGGAAUAAGGAAAAAUGUGAUGGCCAGGAAAGUUGAGGACCUCUUGAGUGGCCUCUACACCUUAUAUCAUAAGAGUGGAGUGAACAGGGCCAGCCUAAAGCAACACUUCAGGGAGCUCCACAUGAAGGCUUUGAUGCCAACCAGAGUAGGUGGAACCCGGUGGCUACCACAUCUCUUCAAAGCACUUGACCAUUUUCUCAGGGGAUAUGCUGGCAUUGUACGCCACUUGGAGAAGUCCCAGGAGGCCACGAACGUCAAUGCUGUUCUGAGGGCAAAAACCAAGGGGUUCCUCAACAUAGGCAAGGAUGGUGGAGUGCUCAGGUUUUGCUGCCUUCUCCAUGACACCAUCUAUCAACUGAGCAACCUCUCCAAGUCACUGCAGAGGUCAGGGUCCACCGUGGCUGAAGCUCAGAGCUGCCUCUCCUCCACUCAGGCUGUCAUAGAAAAGUACAAGUCAAGAUUUAGUGACGUGAACAGUGGUGUCCUGCAGGCCAUGCGGCUGACCAGUUUCCAGUACUGGCCAGAGGCAGACACAAGUUCAGAUUUUGGUGAUGAAGAGGUAAACAAACUCAUCAGUCACUUCCGACCUCUUUUCCUGUCUGCUGGAGUGGAUGUGGAGUUGAUCCCUGAUCAAUGGACAAUUCUCAAGACUGAACUGUACACAGCAGGAUUCAGCCAAGGAAACUUUGAGCAGACCUGGCCUACUGUGAACAGAAUGCUGCGCCAUCGAUGUCCUGAUGUCCUUGAUCUUUUUGAUGCUCUCCUGACCAUCCCUGCAACUACGGCUGACUGUGAAAGAGGGUUCAGUGUUAUGAAGCAGGUAAAGAGUGACUGGCGCUCCCGCCUAAAAGGUGAAACCCUCUCUGACCUCCUUAAAACCCAGUUGUGCUCACCUGACAUCAAAGACUUUGAUCCAACCAAAGCCAUUGAGAUCUGGCAUGCUGACAGUUUGCGCUCACGCAGACCUGACUUUGUGCGCAAACAUGGACCAAAAGAAACAGAGGGUGGCUCAGAUUCUGAUGGCACCACAUCUGAAGAAGAAGAGCUCUGA